UUAUGACAUUCUUUGCUGAAAUAUUAGUUUCUUAAUCCACUUUGCCUCUUAAAAAGGAAAUAAAAAUGGUCGAGCCAGAAGGAAAAUGAAUAGUUAAUCGUGGAGGAGGAGAAAACAUAGCUCGGUACUUUGACUAGAGGCAGCUGGGGAAGUGACGUCCUGUAGCAUUUGCUGUUCUAGAAAGUACAGAGACACGUAGUGAAAAUGGGAAGAUCUAAAAGGAGGCCGUCUCCUGUGUAGUGUAUAUUUAUCUGUAAGUGAGCUCUUGGGGAAGGAAUUAAAUACAGAAACGCUGUCUGCUUGCUGCCUUAAGACAGCUAGCUGAAUUGCUGAUUUACUUUAACUUUUAAAAUACCCAGCUUGGUUUCUUUUUCUUAGAAUCAUUGUAUUGCUAAGACUGGGGACGCUGUUUUCUUUUAUAAAGGGAAAUCUAAGUUCCUUUCAAGGCAUUCGAAAUGGGGAAAGACUAUUAUUGCAUUUUGGGAAUCGAAAAAGGAGCUUCAGAUGAAGAUAUUAAAAAGGCUUACCGCAAACAAGCCCUCAAAUUUCAUCCGGACAAGAACAAGUCUCCUCAGGCAGAGGAAAAAUUUAAAGAGGUCGCAGAAGCUUAUGAAGUAUUGAGUGAUCCUAAAAAGAGAGAAAUAUAUGAUCAGUUUGGGGAGGAAGGGUUGAAAGGAGGAGCAGGAGGUACUGAUGGACAAGGAGGUACCUUCCGAUACACCUUUCAUGGUGAUCCUCAUGCCACAUUUGCAGCAUUUUUUGGAGGUUCCAACCCCUUUGAAAUUUUCUUCGGAAGGCGGAUGGCUGGUGGUAGAGAUUCUGAAGAAAUGGAAUUAGAUGGAGAUCCUUUUAAUGCCUUUGGAUUCAGCAUGAAUGGAUAUCCAAGAGACAGGAAUUCUGUAGGGCCAUCCCGCCUCAAACAAGAUCCUCCAGUUAUUCAUGAACUCAGAGUAUCACUUGAAGAAAUAUAUAGUGGUUGUACCAAACGGAUGAAGAUUUCUCGGAAAAGAUUAAAUCCUGAUGGAAGGAGUUAUAGAUCUGAGGACAAAAUUCUCACAAUUGAGAUUAAAAAAGGGUGGAAAGAAGGCACCAAAAUUACUUUUCCAAGGGAAGGAGAUGAAACACCGAAUAGUAUUCCUGCAGACAUUGUUUUUAUCAUUAAAGAUAAAGAUCACCCAAAAUUUAAAAGGGAUGGAUCAAAUAUAAUUUAUUCUGCUAAAAUUAGUUUACGGGAGGCAUUGUGUGGCUGCUCAAUUAAUGUGCCAACAAUGGAUGGAAGAACCAUACCUAUGUCAAUAAAUGAUAUUGUAAAACCUGGAAUGAGGAGAAGAAUUAUUGGAUAUGGGCUGCCAUUUCCAAAAAAUCCAGACCAACGUGGUGACCUUCUAAUAGAAUUUGAGGUGUCUUUCCCAGAUACUAUAGCCUCAUCGUCCAAAGAAAUACUUAGGAAACAUCUUCCUGCCUCAUAGAAUGAAGAACUCUGUUACCCAUUUUGAUAAGGCACUGAAAAUAUAAAAGGACUGGCAGUUUACUGAUGUAGAUGUGAAUUCUGUAUAAAGAUGUGUAAAUUCUUUUGAGGGCUCAUUAAAUUGCAUGAAUAGAGAUGGGUCAAAUAAAUAGGCAAAAGGGAUUUUUACAGUUAUCAAUGAAGAGAAAACCACUCACUAAAUUUUAUUUCAUUUCUCCAAAAUCAGAAAUUUUUAGUAUUUUGCUUACAUGUAAAAGUUAAUUGUUUUUGUGGAGCCAGUAUAUUUAUAUUUUUAAUAAAGUACUAGACUAUCGAAGUACUUUAUUUCUUCCAUCUUUAGAUUGUCGGUAUGAUAGAUUCCCAUUUGUAGUGGAAAUUAGAAUUCUUAACUAAACUAUACAUGUGAUGUGUAUUUUAAGAAGAGAACAAAAACCUAAGUCAUUUGGAAAUGUGGUUAUCUAGAUUUAAAUAAUCAUCUAAAUUGUUUCUGUAGGGCUGGUACCCAGUAAAAGAUUAUCUUGAUGCGUAUGUUUCACCAUUUUUAUUUUUAAAUUAUGCUCUAGCAUUUCUUAAUAACAUAAUUGCAGCGUUCUUAAGAUAGACCUUUUCUUCAUAAAAUGGAUAUUAAUGGCAGUUUAUCUCCUGUGGAAAUCCCAGUUGCCUGAAUUAACUAUUUUAGAAAUAGGCUGUGUUUAAAAUGCCAUAUGUAAUCUUAUGCAAGUCAACUAUAUAUCUUGGAUAUAUAACUUAAUAAAUUAUAGGCUCAUUUUAUUGUCCACUAGUUUAAAAUAAUUUAACAAUGAAUGUGUUUUUAGAAGAUAUAAUACUGUUAUUUGGAAUUAAUUUUCCAAUUACACAAUCUUCUAUAACUUACUCAUAAUAUGCGAUAUAUACCUUAUGCAAUUUCCCUAAAAGGAAUAAACUUCCACUGUGGUGUUAAACCAAAAUAUGGGGAAAAUGGACACUAACUGCUGCUUAUGGAUAAUGUUGCUACUACUUGUUAUGCAUAUAAAUAUUUUUAUUUUUCAUAUGUAUAGAUUGCAUUUCUUAGGUGUUUAAUUUUUUAAAUAUAUUUAUGUUUAAAACUUU